UAUAAAUUAAGGGUGUGUGCCCACAGUGAAACCGGUAGAAGGAAUUUCUCAGCAUACAAAUUAAACCGUUCAACGUUCGUAAGGGGUUUAAGAAGUAACGUUUCUGGUUGUCCCUUGCUUUCAUUAACACUUUUCACUCAUUUUGGAAUACUCAACUUACCAAGUGUAUUGCUAUGCAGGCGAUAAAGUGUGUUGUUGUUGGCGAUGGCGCCGUUGGUAAGACGUGUUUACUAAUCAGCUAUACAACGAAUGCCUUUCCUGGUGAAUAUAUUCCGACUGUUUUCGACAAUUAUUCAGCUAAUGUUAUGGUAGAUGGAAAACCCAUAAAUUUAGGAUUGUGGGAUACGGCUGGACAGGAAGAUUAUGAUAGACUGCGUCCUCUAAGUUAUCCACAGACGGAUGUAUUUUUGAUAUGUUUCUCCCUUGUUAGUCCAGCUUCUUUUGAAAAUGUUCGUGCAAAGUGGUAUCCAGAGGUCUCCCACCACUGUCCUAAUACCCCCAUUGUACUUGUGGGUACGAAGCUCGACUUACGGGAUGACAAAGAUACAAUUGAUAAACUCAAAGAGAAGAAAUUAGCACCCAUCACUUAUCCCCAGGGUUUGCAAAUGAUGAAAGAUAUUGGUGCCGUAAAAUACCUUGAAUGUUCUGCUUUGACGCAAAAAGGCUUGAAAAUUGUUUUUGAUGAAGCAAUCCGAGCAGUACUUUGUCCUGCACCACAGACAAAGAAAAAGAAGAAUUGUGCCAUCUUGUAAUGUUUUCUGAAACAAAUAAACAAUCGAACACUACUGUAGAUUAAUUGUUAACCAACUUCGACCAAGUAAAUUAUAGAAAUAUUUUUUACAAUUCCUGAUUUUGAAUGUGUUGAUGAUGGCAUGAAUAUGUCCCGUUUGGUUUUUGGUAAUAAGGUAAUUUCUUUGAUUUGAGUUGGUUAUGUACACAACUAGGUGCAUGUGAUAGGAUGUGGCUUAAAUUUUAUAAUUAUUAUGAUGUUUCUAUCUAGUAACAUCUAUUUUUCAUUUUGUAUUUUCACAAAUAUUAAAAAGAAACAUGUAACUGAACAUUUAUGUAUUUAACUUUAUUUUUGGAACUGUUACUCUAAAACAGUGAACUUCGUAGGCAUGAAUAUUCUGUUACCAAUACUUUAGCUAUUAUGUGUACAAUGUUUGUUCUUGUAUGAGGUGUUCAGUGAAACUUAGUUGGAAACUAAACUGUCAUUAAAAUAACAUUUAAUUUUUCACAAA